UGUCAAACAAAACGGCAGUUCAGCCGGAGGCGAGAGGGGUGUCGCCUCGUUAAAUCACGUUGUCUGGGACUGUUCGUGCGGCCUCACGCCGCGUCAGCCGCCCUCUCGUUUGUACUUGUGCCUUAAACGCUGUCGUUCGCGGGAUGUUUUAAUUCUUCAGCAGCACAAACGCAGUGCGUGUAUUUGUCUUUUGUUUCUUUCCUCCUCGCUGUGUUACUUUAGACGAGCAGCGUCACGCUGGCGAGAAGAAAAACAUUGCAGCUUCCGGUAAAGCUUUUCACAAUAAGACCUGUCAAACGUGAUUUAAUGCUCAAUUAAGCUGUCAAGUUAACUGAGAGUUGAUAAUUAGUAUUGAUAAAUCUGCUAUGCUUCGAUUUAUAAAGCACAACUACAUAGGUACCUGAAAUAAUAUAUGAACCCUUGUUGACACUUUUUGGAUUGCAAAACUGCAUUUAAUAACUAAUAAGAUAUUAGUUGGAGUUACAAUGGGAAACCUUUUUUUUGCCUGCAUCUGUUAAGUUUGGGUUACACAAGGUUGUUCUUCACUCAGCCACGACACUGUUUAUCUAAGCAGGUGGACGUGCAGCAGGUGAUCGCAGCUCUGACACAACCAAUAGCAAAGGGCUGUAACCGAAUCUUCAGUGUGUCUGUAAACGUUCUGCUGCGUUGAAGUUUGAGAAAUAGGGAUGAUUUUGUUUUCCCUUCCGCACCAUUCUCAGGAAUGGACCCGAGCUGGCGUUUGUCUUUUUUCAGGGAGUGUUCCUCCCCUGGUUCCCCUCGGAGAGGACAACCUGCUUGCCGGAGAUGACACCUUGAUGUACUUGACGCUUAGAGCCUUGUUUCCUCUCUCCUUCGGGACCCGGCGCUGUGGCCAAGCUACCUGUUCAAACUAGAAUUUGGAACGAACCUGGAUGUUUGCAAAAUCAAAAAACAAAACAAAAAAAAGCUGAACAGUUUUGACUUUUAUUCGGUUUCAUCUUAAGGUCCCUGAGGCGAGUGUGUCCGUCCACCAUGCCGCUGUUCGGUAAAUCCCACAAGAGUCCGGCGGACAUCGUCAGGACGCUGAAGGACAACCUCGCCAUUCUGGUCAAACAGGACAAGAAGACGGACAAGGCGUCUGAGGAGGUGUCGAAGUGUCUGGUGUCCAUGAAGGAGAUUCUGUACGGCAGCAACGACAAGGAGCCUCACACCGAGACGGUGGCCCAGCUGGCCCAGGAGCUCUACAACAGCGGCCUGCUGCUGUCGCUGGUGGAGAACCUGCAGGUCAUCGACUUUGAGGGGAAGAAGGACGUGUGUCAGAUCUUCAACAACAUUCUGAGGAGGCAGAUCGGGACGCGGAGCCCCACCGUGGAAUACUUCUGCUCCCACCAAGAGGUCCUCUUUAUACUGCUGAAAGGGUACGAGACUCCCCAGGUGGCUUUGAACUGUGGCAUCAUGCUGAGGGAGUGCAUCCGCCACGAGCCGCUCGCCAAGGUCGUCCUGCAGUCGGAUCACUUCAACAGCUUCUUCCACUACGUGGAGAUGUCCACCUUUGACAUCGCCUCCGACGCCUUCGCCACCUUCAAGGAUCUCCUGACGAGACACAAGGUGCUCGUGGCCGAUUACCUCGAGCAGCACUACGAUGCCGUGUUUGGGGAUUACGAGAAGCUGCUGCACUCUGAGAACUACGUCACCAAGAGGCAGUCUCUGAAGCUCCUGGGCGAGCUGCUGUUGGACAGACACAACUUCACCGUGAUGACGCGCUACAUCAGCAAGCCCGACAACCUCAAGCUGAUGAUGAAUCUGCUGCGAGACAAAAGCCCCAACAUUCAGUUUGAGGCCUUCCAUGUCUUCAAGGUUUUUGUCGCCAACCCCAACAAGACGCAGCCCAUCAUCGACAUCCUGCUCAAGAACCAGACCAAGCUAAUCGACUUCCUGAGCAACUUCCAGAAGGACCGCACGGACGACGAGCAGUUCAACGACGAGAAGACCUACCUGAUCAAACAGAUCCGGGAUCUGAAGAAACCAGCGUCCUAGAGGAGCGUCGCUUCCCGCCCGCCAACCCCGCUUUUUAUUUGAUUGGAAGUUGACCGUAAGAAAACAAAACACUAAAGACGUCACGCGUCUUCAUCUCACUUUGUUGGUUCCUUUAAAACUUGUGCAACAGUAGUUCUCAGUCACAGAUGUUUCUCUUUGCACAUUUUUUUGUCCUUUUUCUGUUCAGACGAGAAUAGUUGCAGCUAAAAUGUUGAUCAUUUAACUAUUUAAAUGAAGUAGCUGCAAAUUAAAAUGGUAACAACCUUCUCAUCGGCUCGACUGCUCAAGUCUGCUUCCUCCGAAAAGAAAUUGGGCUACAAAGGGUCGCAGCUUUUGGGAUAUUUUAAGUCUUUAAAAUGAAGCGCCUCCUCGGUACAUCGAUCACUGGUUCUCUUUGCUGGUGGCUUUUAGCACUUUCUGUAUUAUAUUAAAAUACUUUUUGUUAACUAUCACAUUUUUUUCACUCUGCUUGAGGGCGAUUUUUAUUUUAUAGACUGAUUUCUUCAUCAUGUACAGUGUUUGGUUCCUUGGUGAGAGGGGAGAGCAUCCUUUCACUCCUGUGACAAAGUGCUCUUCUCUGGUUUGGAUCUGAUGUGUUAGAAACGGGGGAGAAGAGUGAAAGGUGCCUUUUGGGUUUGGUGAGUGUGUUUUUUUAAUUUUUUUUUAUCUCUUUCCUCUUUUUGUGUAUUCAGUCUCUUUCCAGGGGGAGCUCAAUUCUAGCGUCAUUGAGAAUAUGCUCUGAGGAACAUAUUUGUUGUGAUUGAGCAGUGAACCUCGUGAUUGAAACAUUUCGCGGCCUUGGUUGCCGUGCGGAUCAAAGGUCGCAGGUCGUAGCUAAGCAGUGCUGACGUGAACCCUGCAGACUCCUCACAGAGGCCAAAGUUGAUUGAUUGAUUGAUUUUAAAAUGACACAUAAAAUGUACAAAAUCAACGACACUGAAACGCAACUUUUUAUAUUUGACUCAAACUAAAAUUCCUAAUUCCAUUUUAUAAUGGCGACACUUGCACGUAUGUCACAAAAGAAAACGUGGAGUUUAUUUCCCACUUGAUACAUUGAAGUUUUAUGUCUAAACUAAACAAAAAAAAUAUUUAAACAGAAAGAAGUGGAGCGCAUCUGGGUGAACGUAACAAUUUUAAACCUGUAAAUGUUUCCUUGUUAACCCGGCGUAAAGUAAAAACAGCCCGUGAAAAUAAAAAAGCAGCGAUUUAAUUGAUGCUGCAAGUUGAGACACAUCCGGUGAAUCCGCACAGGACAUCCGACUCUUUCUCGUUCUACACAUUGAUGCGAUUGUACCACUUUGACAACAAAUAAAAGGAUGGGAAACCUUG